AUGAAAGAUCUCUUGGGAAAACAUGAUAAAGUUGGACAGCCAGGCCCAAGUAACUAUUACCAGGGCGCAUCGAAUAGGCGGUCUCCAUUCAAUAAUUACCCCACAUAUUUGAAUAGAUAUUCCAAUAGUUCGAACGACAGUGGCAACUUAGGUGGGCCCUCGAAGCGACCCGAAAAAGCAGAGGGGAAUGCCAAUACAGGCUCACGGUCUCUCAAUAUUCGAUUGGAAUUGUCGUCUGGUGAUAACGAACACGCAGUGGAAAAUGAUACUGAUGGCAACUAUGAUGGAGAUCCAUACCAAGAGAGCCAAGAAGACACUCAUAACCGAGCUAAGGGGGUUAUUAAACGUCGUCCGUUGAGUGGCCGUCCUUCAUUUUUAGGAAAAAGGAGUUCAAGAGGUUUGAUCCGUCUCCCCGACAAUUCGGGUGAGAGCCCUCACCCGGGCUCACGGCGAGAUCACCAAUAUCUUGGUGCAGAUGGUAUUUACGAGAUGGUUGAAAUUGAGCCCAUAUCAGCCUCUAGCUCUGCGAUAGCGCCAAACUUCCAUACAGAGCCUGUGAGGCCUAUUCAGCGCGUAAGAACGGAAUGGUUCAUGCAAACCCUUUUUAUAAGAUUCAAGCGUGAUGUAGUGCAAUAUCUGGUCGAGAACUGGAAGCUUGUAAGCGUGGUGACCGUUGUGGUUUCCGUAUUGUUGUCAAUGAUCCUGUUGGCCGGUAGAGCCACCUUUGAAGUCGCAGCACUUCAUAUCAGCGAUAUUUCGUAUAAUUAUACUACGGUCACACUUGACUUCAAGGUAAUUUCAAACGCGGGGACGCGUGUAAAUAUCAACCCCGCAUCGUUCAGUUUAGAGUCCGAUAAUGAUUACAAUUACGACUUUUAUCAUUCAAAGAAAGAAGAUAGUAAAAAUAAAUCCGAAUUAUACAGGGGCCAUAGAUACACGCCCAUAGGAGAGCUUCAUUUGUACAAAGACCUCAGUUUCUCCAAAGGCAAUGGGGAUAUGGUCCUUACAUCAGAAGCAGCUGAUGAUGAUGAAAGCGACGGUAAUAAUGAUGCCACAGAGCCUGGCUUCUGGAGACCUAGAGAAAUGGUUGAGAUAUUGGUCUGGGGGGCUUAUAGUAAUGAGACAGGAAUGCGCUCAGUCAUUCGAGGCGAUGUUCGAGUACAGGCCCGAGGGUUCGUAACUUGGGUGGAUAUACAGAAAGAAGUUAAUAUAUAUUCCAUGGGUGGGUUUCAAGACCUUAAAAUCGACUCAUACAAGUUUCUUCAGCCCCAGAAAGGAUUUAUUGAUGCUAAUAUUUCUUGGUUUAACCCAUCUAUCGUGACAAUGAAUAUGGGGACUGUCGAUUUCGACCUUUUUCUCGGCGACCUCCCAAUUGGCGAUGCCAAAAUUUCUUCAAUGGCAAUAUUUCCUGGAUAUAAUCAUGCGCAUCUUUCAUCUUCGCUUUUUGAUAGAGACAUCUUUCGAAGCAAUAAAACUCUCCUUGGAGAAUUGAUUUCUUCAAUUACUUUGGUGGAGGCCGGACCAACCAGAGAGAAACUUUUACAUCUAAACGGAAGAAACACAACUGUUGAUGGCACUGGUAUCGAAUGGUUACAACCGAUUAUCCAGCUCUUCGACAAAGAUCUACCAGUGGCUAUGAAUGAGCAGAUUUUCAGUACCUUCAACACCAGCAUACUCCUAACAAUGACUCCGGAUGGAAAGACAAAAUUAAAACGGGGUAGCAUCGAGUGCAAGUUAAAAUUACCUUUCGAGUCUGAAGAUUUCCUUAUUACUGUUCGGGGUGUAGGCUACUUUCUGGAUAUCUCAUUGUCCCCCAAUGGCGCAGGUUUUCUGCGCAUUGAGAGUACAAUGAAUUCCCAUGAUCAUACCGUCUUAUCCGGGAUUCAUACUUUUAACAGCAGUCUUGUAGGCUCAAAUAGUAGCAUCAUCGAAGAAAAUGUCCUUAAAACCGUUUUUAUGCCUGAUUUUAUCAAAGCAGAAACUUUGUCCCUCAAGGUUAGCGGCAGCAUGGCUGCCGACUUGGAAACCCCAUAUGGAGAAGGGAGGAUUUCUGGAAUCAAGGUUGAAAAUCAUAUUUGGCAAAUGAAGGGCCUUCAUGGUCUCGAUGGCGGUGGUAAAAGUAAGGUGAUAAUCUCGAACGAGACAGUGAUAGGAAAUAUUUGGACCGUCACAUUGCAAAUACAGAACCCGUCUGAUAUGUUUGUGGAUCUCGGGGACACUGUGUUCGAUGUUGUCCAAACGAAGAAUUCAACCGGAUGUAUUGGAACCAUCAGUAUCGAGAAAUUGGCCUUGAAUUAUGGAUCCAAUAAUGUCACGGGAAAUUUUGACCUUGCAGCCCCCCAUUGCAAUGCCUCAGAGCUGGCAGAAUUUCUUUCCAACUUUAUGACUGGUGGCCGAAAUGAUUUGAAUCUACGCACGACAUCCAGCCACGAAGUUAUGGGAUUUAAUGGACUUGAAGUUGGAGCCGAAUGGAUUUCCCCCAGCUACCGUCUAUUCGAUUCUAUCGAUCUGAUUAUUGGUGAACACAACGUGAUGGCUAGAAUUAGUCUCAAAAACCCAUUUGACGUAGUUCUCACCUUGGAUUCUGUUGAUAUGGAGUUAGUGCUCGCAGGCAAAGUUAUUGCUGCCCUCACUAGCCAGGAGCAUUCUAAAGAAACAGUUAUGGGAGGACAGUCCGCCACUUUAUCUGGGAUUCCAUUAAUCCCUGUAAGUUCUAUCCAGGAACUGGUCGAAACGUUUCAGAGGGAACUGUUAAGUGAAACAUCAGAACUGAUGGCGAUCACCGCCAGUGGGAAAAUACGUUUGCUGUUGGCAGAUUAUGAGGUACCGCUGAUGAAUUACAAACAAGAGAAUGUUGAGGUAAAACUGAGAUGGGAGAUUUGA